AUGGUGAACUCGAGCUAUACACCGGAGAACAAUAUCGUAACGCCCACGCGGCUCGAUGAUUUGGGUGGCGAGGUUGUUUACAACCUUGGCAACAUUGCCUGGAUGCUCAUGUCCACUUGUUUGGUAUUUAUCAUGAUCCCCGGACUUGGUUUCUUUUACGCGGGUCUCUUGCGCCGCAAGAAUGCGCUCACAAUGAUCUUUAUGUCGAUGGCAGUCAUGGCCGUGGUGUCCUUUGAGUGGUUCUUCUGGGGCUUUUCGCUGGCCUUUAGCCAGGGCGCAAACGCAUUCAUUGGCGAUCUGAAGCACUUUGGUCUGAUGAACGUGGACAUGGACGUCAGCACCGGUGGUUCUAACCUGCCGCAGCUUGUAUACUGCGUGUACCAGAUGAUGUUUGCGUGUAUCACGCUGGUCAUUGCGUGCGGUGCUUUUGCUGACCGUGGCCGCUUUGGUCCAAUGCUCAUCUUUGCUUUCUGCUGGGCGACAAUUGUCUACAGCCCGAUUGCCUGCUGGACAUGGAACGUGGACCACGGCUGGUCGAACGUAAUGGGCGGCCUCGACUAUGCGGGUGGCACUCCGGUACACAUUAGCUCGGGUACCGCCGCGCUUGUGAUCUCGCUCUACCUGGGCCGCCGCCGCGGAUACGGCACGGAGCAGCUCGCCUACCGCCCCCACAAUGUGACCUACGUCGUGAUUGGCACCGUGCUGCUCUGGUUCGGCUGGUUCGGCUUCAACGGUGGCUCUGGUAUCGGCGCCAACCUGCGUGCUGCGCAGGCGAUGAUGGUUACGCACAUUGCUGCCUCGGUCGGUGGCCUGACCUGGAUGCUCUGGGAUUACCGUCUCGAGGGCAAGUGGUCCGCCGUUGGUUUCUGUUCCGGUGCCAUUUCCGGUCUCGUGGCGAUCACACCUGCAUCUGGUUACGUCGGCACGCCCUCGGCGCUGGUGUUUGGCGUGCUCGGCGGCACGGCAUGCAACUUUGCUACGCAGCUCAAAAACCUGAUCGGGUACGAUGACGCACUCGAUAUCUUUGCUGCCCACGCGGUGGGUGGCUUUGUGGGCAACUUCCUCACAGGUCUGUUUGCCGACGGCCGCGUCUCGAGCUUCGACGGAAGCGAUCCUACGGACGGCUCGGGCUGGAUCAACCGCCACUUUGUACAGCUCGGCUACCAGCUCGCAGACUCGUGCGCCGGCUUCGGCUGGUCGUUCGUGGUGACCUUUAUUCUCCUUUUCGCUAUUGACCACAUCCCCGGCUGCCACCUGCGCUGCUCGGAGAAGGACGAGGUGGUUGGUACGGACAUUUCGCAGGUCGGCGAGGAGGCCUAUGUGAUGCCCCACUUUAACCACAUGGAGGCCCACCAGCCCCUCAACCUGGACGAGACGACGAAGCAGGAGAGCCAGACGGGCCCUUGGGCACCUAGCGUCGACACCACUUCGUCGGCUAAAGACCCACUUCCCCUUCCGACUACGGCUACGAUCCCUAACUCGGUCGCAUAA